CAAUGCUGAGCAAGGGCCUGAAGCGCAAGAGGGAGGAGGAGGAGAAGGAAACCCUGGCAGUGGACACCUGGUGGCUGGAUCCCAGUCUUCCAGCAGUGGCACAGGCACCCCCAGCCGCGGCCUCCAGUUCCCUCUUUGACCUUUCGGUGCUCAAGCUCCACCACAGCCUGCGGCAGAGUGAGCCCGACCUGCGGCACCUGGUGCUGGUAGUGAACACACUGCGGCGCAUCCAAGCGUCCAUGGCGCCCACAGCCGCCCUGCCUCCUGUGCCCAGCAUGCCUGCUGCCUCAGGCGUGGCUGACAACCUGCUGGCCAGCUCGGACGCCGCCCUCUCUGCCUCCAUGGCCAGCCUCCUGGAGGACCUCAGUCAUAUCGAGGGCUUGAGCCAGGCUCCCCAGCCCCUGGCAGAUGAAGGGCCACCGGGCCGCCCCAUAGGGGGCACCCCACCUGGCCUGGGUGCCUUGGACUUGCUGGGCCCAGCCACUAGCUGUCUGCUGGACGAUGGGCUUGAGGGCCUGUUUGAGGACAUCGACACUUCCAUGUACGACAGUGAACUUUGGGCGCCAGCCUCUGAGGGCCUCAAACCUGGCCCCGAGGAUGGGCCAGGCGAGGAAGAAGCUCCAGAGCUGGACGAGGCUGAGCUGGACUACCUCAUGGACGUGCUGGUGGGCACACAGGCACUGGAGCGGCCAUCGGGGCCGGGGCGCUGACUCCAGGGCUGGGAUGGUUGUCUGGCGACCAAACGGAGGCUGGCGGUUUAACCAACUCUCCUUGGAAAGACACAGCUGGCUCCUGCAGAACAGAGAGGGGGCUUCGGAAAGACAGAAUCAGUCGCAGACAGCUUCACCUCUGUCCCCUUGUCUCAGGCUGAUGCGGGGAGUCUGAGAUCAGCCCUCGUGAUGGAAUGAUAGGGCCUGGUGGCUGGAAUGUGAUUGGACCAGGCCUGAUGUUGGACUGACUCCCCAGUGGUCUUAGCCUGCGAUACGCUCUGAUGUGGGAAGAGACCUCAACCAGUUUUUUGAAAUUAAAAACCAGUCCUGGGAAAUCUCAA